AUGAUUUCCCCCAUUCAUACGGCGUCGGCUCUGCUCGGUGUCUCUUCGCUUCUGGGCCACUUAGCCAAUGCACUACCCACAACGGAGGCUGUUGCACAUACUGCCGCUCAAGUCUGCAAUGGACGCUCAGAAUACUGCUCGCGCUCUUACUCGGCAGUCUCAUUCGUCGGUUCCCAUGACUCGGCAUUCGUGGGAGAACUGCCUCAGCAGAAUCAAAACAUCGAUGUGACGGCACAGCUGAACAUGGGAGUACGCUUCCUGCAGGCCCAGACUCAUCAUUCACUCAUCAACAAGGAUGUGUUGGAGCUAUGCCAUACGUCGUGUCUGUUAGAGGAUGCAGGGACCUUGCAGUCCUAUCUUAGUACCAUCAAGACAUUUCUUGAUGCAAAUGCCAACGAAGUCGUCACACUCUUGCUCACAAAUGGCGACUCGGUGGAUAUCACCGAUUUUGGAAAUGCGUUCGCGAAGAGUGGAAUCGACAGAUACGCAUUUGUUCCAGCGUCCAACCCCUUACCACUGGGUUCGUGGCCAACUCUAGGACAAAUGAUUUCGAGUGGGAAAAGACUGGUUGUCUUCUUAGGUUCGUUAUACCCUACCACUUCUUCUUACUCUCUCCCUUCAAUCAAAAGACUUGCAAAGAAUUCGCGUCCCCCUUGGAAUUCGGUGCUUCAUCAGGCCGUCCCUAACGUCGCCUAUGUUGCUCUAGACUACGGCGCAAACACAAAUAAAGUGAAUUACAUCCUCGACGAGUUUGCCUAUUACUUCGAGACCCCUUAUGACGUGACGGACUCGAAUUUCUCCGGAUGUAGUAUCGACAGGCCUUCGGGAGCCUCACCAUCCGGCCGUAUGUACAUCGUCAAUCACUUCCUGGAUGUCGAUAUUUUCGGAGUCAAAGUCCCAGACCGCACGGCGGCAGGUACUACAAACGCGGCAACGGGUAAAGGCAGUAUAGGUGCGCAAGCUUCAGUGUGCAAGGGCCUGUAUAACAGAGCCCCAAACGUUGUGCUGUUGGACUUUGUGGACAAGGGCAAUGCGAUCAAGGCGCAAGAUACAUUGAAUGGGCUCUAA